AUGGACUCCAAGGAUAUGGGCCCUAUGGACUCGGCCUCGCCCGGCACCCCCUCGCCUGCGACUCCCCUUACCGCAAGUGGUUCUUCCUCAAGGAGGCCGCCGCGCAAGAGCACUCUCACCCAACAGCAAAAGAAUCAGAAAAGACAACGCGCUACCCAGGACCAGCUCAUCACCUUGGAAGUCGAGUUCAACAAGAACCCCACCCCCACUGCUGCUGUCCGGGAGAGAAUUGCAGACGAGAUCAACAUGACCGAGAGAUCGGUCCAGAUCUGGUUCCAGAACAGACGUGCCAAGAUCAAGAACAUUGCAAGAAAAAGCAUUGAGAAUGGCGAGGACUGCGAAAGCAUUCCCGAGUCAAUGCGUCGCCAUCUGGCCAUGCAAGCGCUUGAGUCUGGCAAGGGCUUCUUCCCCAACCUCGUGGGUCCCGGUGGUAACGGUUACCCUUACACUCCUGGCACUAUGAGCCUCAACUCCGAUGCAGGCACCGGAAAAGUUGUCAUCCAACACUUUGCAUGCCGUUCUCUCUCAAUUGGAUCCUGGCGUAGAGUCGGUCAAAGUCAGAUGGACCUGAUCAUCUUCUACUCGCCCGAAAAGGCUUGUGUCACGUACUACAUCAACAACGACUCGGCCGGCUACAAGAUUGAAUACCCCUUCGCAUGGAUCAAAAACAUCAACCUUGUCCAAGGCGAGAUCACAAGCGCAGCUGAGGGCGCCUCCCAGAGGCUGGGCGCUUUGGUCGUCGAGCUGAUCCGCCCGCCCAAGUUCUACAUGGACAGCUCGGGUAGCGGCGGCUUCUACGAGUGCGGCGACUUCACUGAGGAUCAGCAAGCCAGCAAGAUCAUGGUCCACCAGCUCGGUGGUCCCUCCAAGGCUCUCAGCGGCCAAUUGGCCAAGCUUGUGUCGCUCGACUCGUUCCAGAACCGCCACACGAUGCUUGAUCCCACCCACUUCGCCAUGGCUGCUGCCUCCGCUCCUGUCUCCCCUGUCAACUUCAGACCCGCGAGUCAGCCUAACCACUUGGUACACCCCCACUCGGGUGUCUUCCAGGAUUCUGCCAUGGGUCUCAUGGGCCCUCCUGCUCCUCGUGGCCACAAGAGACAGCGCAGUCGCUCGGUGCCCGCCGCCAUCGAUCUCUCGAUGCUCAGGAACAACCCUAUGCCCUCGUUCCUCAUUCAGCACGAGUCAAACGCCCCCGCUCAGCCCCUGCAGGACAACGCCAUCUUCGCUCCCCAGCCUCAACAUCACCACGGCUUCGCCACAGGUAUGGGCCCUAACAACCUCAGUAUUGAUACCUCUGCCGGCUACGGCAUGGACUUUAGACAGUUUGCUGGCCCCAUGUCUGCCACCACCCUUAAUUCUCCCAGUGACUUCGGCACUCCCGGCUUCUUCAACCCUGGUCCUACCAGUGAUAUGAUGGCUCACUCAAAUCUCAACACCCCCUACUCGAGCUCCUUCCUCUCCGUUGACCCUUCUGCUAUGAUUGGUACUAGUAACACCCCUGUCUCUUUCUCUAGCGGCGACCCGGUCAUUGCCGACCAAUCACCGCCCCUCAAUGGUCUCGGACGCAACCACUCUGAUGACAUCUUCAGCACACCUGGAGGAGACAACGGCUUGAAUGACGACGCUUUGUGUCUUUCUUCUGACGUCUACAACAAGUCGAUGGGCAUCGGAUUCCACAGCCCUCUUCCUGACGAGCACAUGGGUUUCGAUUCGUCUUUAUCAGAGGCACACUACGACUACAACUCGCCAAUCCCUGCAAACAAGAUGAACCUGCCCUUCCGCAUGCCCAACGAGACGCCUUUGCACCAACAAUCGCCUAACCCUGCACAGAUGGCCAUGCACCAGGAUUCUGCUAUUGCUUUCCAGUCGCCAACCCACAUGGCUCAUGUCGAUCACGGCCACAACCUCUACCAGACACCAAAGGUGAACGGUGCUGGUAUGUUCCAGGACAGCAAGAUGUACCAAUCGCCUGCUCAGAUGCAUGACUCGACGUUCUCAACUCCAGCUCACCAUCCUUCUCACCUCCAAGGCCAUGAUGUAUACCACAGCCCGAGCUUAGGUGCAAAUGACCACCACAAUCAACAUGGAGAAGAGAUUGACAUGUCAAGCUUCGUGCAUUACGGUACUAUCGAUCCUGCCAGUCUGUAA